GGCAAACGGCGGCCGCCACCGAUUCGCUACAGCUUUAUGCUUAUUACAAAUAGUGUUCACAUACCUUUAUACCAUAGAUAAUUAAAAAUGCAAAGGAUAGAAGAUUUUUCAAAACCACUGUGUUUGUGACACCUUUAAAAAUUUCACAGUUUCUUUUUGUUUAUAGAAAAUUAUAAAUUAUAAGUGUUUCAGUGUAAAGGACGAGAAAGAAAUCUACGUGACUUCGUUAUAACGGAAUUUUUUUCAAGUAACCCUCAUUAUUAAAAUUGAGUGCAGAUUCAGGAGCUUGAUUAAGGACCCGUAUUUGUCUGGAUCCUGGAGCAAUAUCAAUUGCAAUAAUUUUGUUACUAUAAAUAAAGACUUUGUAACUCAUCGAAUGUUCAAUCGAACAUUAAGAAAUUCUUAAUUCAAAAUGGAAGAAUUUUUGAAACCUACAUACUUGUAUUUAUAUGGAUUAUACUUGCAAUGAUCAGAACAAAGUCUGUAGAAAAUAAACAGAAGUAUAUAAAGUGAAAUUAAAGAUGGCCGAGCUGAACGAUCAGAAGUCCAUCCAUCUGGACGAUGUGCUGGAACAGCUGGGAGCGUUCGGCCGCCACCAGCUGGUGACUAUGUGCAUGCUGGCGCUGGUCUACUCGACCAACUCCAUGUAUAAUGUGAAUUAUGUGUUUGCAGUCGAAGAUGUGCAGUACAGAUGCAAGAUCCCUGCAUGUGAAAAAACAGAUAGCGGUACAUUCUUAGUAUCAUGGCUGGUGAACUCUUCGGAGCAGCAGGAGAGCGUGAAGCAGUGUGUCCACUACGCACCGGUGUCCGGCUGCCGGGAGUUCGACACCAGCGAACUGGUGCAAUGCAGCGAAUGGGUGUACGAAGUGCCCGACAGUUUCAUGGCCGAGUUCAAUUUAGCAUGCGAAGAUUGGAAGCAAGCGCUGGUGGGAACUGUCCACAGUUUUGGUAAUAUGCUGGGUCUACUUCUUCAGGGGCACAUCUCUGACAGAUUCGGUCGGAAGACUGCGGCUGUAUUCGCGGGCACCAUGGGAGCUCUUCUUGGAUUGACGAAAAGUUUCGCUACAUCCUUUUGGUGCUAUAUUGCAUUAGAAGGAUUGGAAGCCGCCAUCGGUGAUGCCCUGUCACCCAUGUUCAUGUUAAGUAUCGAAAUUGUAGAGAAGAAGAGAGCAGUAUUAUUCCAAAUGAUACUGCUGAACUGUUACACUGCGGGACUCAUAGUAAUGCCGUUCAUCGCCUGGGCGGUGCCUUAUUGGCGCCACUUUCUACGGGUGAUAUACGCACCCACACUCAUUGUACUGACCUACUCGUUCUUCUUGGACGAGAGUAUACGGUGGCUCUUCAGUAAAGGAAGAAGACGCGAAGCCAUCAAGUUGAUAGAAAAAGUAGCAGCACGAAACAACGUUGUAUUAGACAAGAUGAUGUUGAAUAAAUUAGAAUACAUAGAUGAGGAAACGAGGACAGAAUUGAAACAAAAGAAACUGCUGUUGAAAACUUUCCGGUCAAAGGUGAUGAUGCAAAGGUUCCUCGUUUGCAUGGUGUGGUGGUUCACUAUCACACUGAUCAACUACGGAAUGAUGAUCAGCUCCGUAUUCAUUGACGGCAACAAGUAUAUAAACUUUGCUCUUCUCAUGUUGAUGGAUAUACCGGCUAAUGUAUUCUAUUGGUUGGCUCUAGCUAAAUAUAAAAGGAAAUUGCCACUAUUAGCCUCCUUUAUUGUUGGUGGUAUCUUCAGCGUUUGCAAUCCCUUCGUUCCAAAAGGUUACGUUUGGUUAGGUCUUACAUUGUACAUGGCGUUCGAAAUGCUCGCUACGUUUUCGUACAACAUCGUCUACAUGUAUACCUCCGAGCUGUUCCCAACGUACACCAGGAACUCGAUGCAUGCCAUAUGUUCCGCUAUAGGCAGAGUUGGAUCACUUGUUGCUCCACAGACUCCGUUAAUGAUCUCAUAUUGGUCGGGACUACCGACAUUUUUGUUUGGUGUCACGUCACUUCUAUCCGGAGGAUUGACGCUCUUGAUGCCAGAAACUGCCAAGACCGAACUGCCAGAUACAGUACAUGAAGCUGAGAAAAUUGGAAAACCAUUGCUGAAGAAGACAAUUGACAGGAAUGGAGCGACUACGUCUGUCUAAUCUCAUAAUAAAAUGUCCUCUCUCUUUUCAUUUAAGAGUUUCCUCAUGUCGGUGCAACGAAUUCAUGCAAAAUGUCCUACACAGUAUGUUUUAUUAAAAUAUAAGUAAGUUUGUGGAAUAUUUGUAGUAUAAAAAAUAUAGGUGCUUUACUAUUGUCUUAUAAAGUAUUAGUAAUAAUACAGUAGUAAUAAUAUCAUAGAAGAACUAAAACAGAUAAUGGAUGUAAAAACCUUAUAAGAAAUUAUUGUAGCUAAUUAUGGUAUAUUGUUUAUAAAGAUAAAUAAAGGAAUAUAAUUAUGUAAUCUUAACACACAGUUCACACACCAAUACAUUCAGGUAUACCAUACACCAUACCAUAUAAUAUGCAUAACGCACACAAACACACUACACUACCAGAGGGAGACUUUGUACAAAAAUCGAUUGCUUGGGUACCUCUGUCCCAUUCGUGUUUCAACCGUGAAGCAGCUGUGUUUGCAUGGCUGUGUUUCGGUUUAAAAGGUGGAAUAUGGCGUGAAUUUACUGGGUACAGAGGAAUAACACCUGAGUCCUCAAGAAUGGCAACGCAUGGGGGGUAUCAUGAGCGAAACAGUAUACUCUGUUAUGUCCAUGGUACUGCUCAUGUCUAUAGGCGACGGUUACCACUUCAGCAGCUUGUUUGCCAUUCUAAGUUGUAUAAAAAAAAGACACUCCGUCACCUAAUGUUUUAUAUAAUAUAAGUAUUAGUAAAAAGGGAUUGUUGCUUCAGUUCACAAUAAAACAAUGUAGUAAGCAGACGUGUCAAUUGAUUUUAUGAAACAGACCAAGCAGAAACAUAUUUGAACCUUAAGUACUACAAAAGUAACCAACAUAGAUAUAUAUUUUUAAUUAACCACUGUCAUAUAAUUUAAGUAUGUUUUAUUCUGAUUUAAGAACACUCAUAUCCUAUAGUGUAAUUAUCAGUGUAAUAUCAACACGUAGCGAUUUACAUAUUUCCUUCCUCCGAGAUUGCGCAUCGUAUGCGUUAACUUGUGUAUCUAGUUAAAAUAGCAAAUAAAUUAUUUCAAUUUCAAUAACAUUAAAAUAUAAUUAAUUACUAGGACUAAAUAUUAAAUACCUCAGCUAGUCUAAUGAUAGUCAUAAGUAUGGUUGUAUAGCAGUAUUUUUUUUUUUUUGGUGGAUGACAAUGGUAUGGUAACCCCGCCUGCGCUAACGGGAUACGCUGGCGGAGCACCAGUGAAGGGUGAUCGAUGAGAAUGAAAACAGGCCAGUUAGCCCAUCAUGAUGAAUUCAUCAGGAAUUAACCAUGAUAGUUUCCAGGGGAAACCACGAGGAGGUCGAUCUGGUUGGGUAUAUUGCUAGCAAUGGGAUUUUUAGUCUCCACUACUAACAAUACCUUUCCUCCCGUAUAGCAGUAUUCCCCCAUUUAACACAUACUAACGAAAAUCUUACAAGAAUUGCAAUAUAUUUUAGUUCUCAUUUUAUUGACUCUUUGUUAAUAAGUACCUAUUGUUUCUGCCCAUUAGGAAGACAGGCGUGACAGAUAUGUAAGUAUGUAAAUGUACCUAGUAUUUAUACAAUUUUGAUAGCUUUGUUAAACAACAGGUGGUCUACCAUAAAAUGAAAUUCCGAAAUUUCGGGCUCAAUUUCGUAUUUUUGUUCGUAUCGAAAUCGACCCAGUAAAUGGAGCUUAACAUUUCGUUCAUCAUAAAUCCUAUUCUAAUAGUCCAAAGGAACGAUAUUUUAACAUUUUUAAUAAUUUUAAACAGCAUGUAUUAUGUAAUUUUAACAUCAAAUUUUUGUUUCGUUCGUCCCCGAAAUUUCGGAAAAUACUUCACGAUAGGCACUCAGUAAAUUUUUUACUUCUGCGUUAUUUACACAGCUACGAUUACAUAAAAAUAUGUCAUCAAGUACCUCCCUGGGUAGCAGGCGCAGGUAUGUAAUCUAAUUAAAUUUAUUUUGGAGACUUGAUACAACACUGUUUCAGAUAAAUUAACCAGCCACACCAAAUUUUAUUACCGAAAUGUAGACAUUUCGGUAAUAAAAACUUGAAACAGCUAUGUGGACACUAUCUUACCUGAAUCAAGACAUUAAAUCCCGUAAAAAAAUUUAAAUAUAACACGUGUCUAUAUUAAAUAAGUCCACGAAAGUAAUUUAUGUAAAAUGUAAGUGUAUAUAUAUUUACAUUAAAAAAGAAAUAUGCCUACUCAGAGACGACUGUUUUUUUUUUUUGUUGUGAACGUAACGUGAAGAAAAUUUGAAAAUAUUUUUCUUAUGCAACUUUGCAUCAUGGACGAAAAUAAACUGUAUAUAGUUUUUUUUAAUCCGUGCCCAUGCACGUGCUACGGAUGUAUUUUUUCUACCUAUUAAUAGUGUAUAGAAUCCUAUGAAUAAAAUACCUAAAUAAAGAUAGAUAGAUACUAUUUAUUGUUUCCUCCAAAAGAUUACAAUAGUAAACUUAUUAUACAUAUAAACAAUUACAAGAAAUAAUCACAAUGAGAAAACAAUGGGCGACCAUAUCGCUAAGAGCGAUCUCUUCCAGGCAACCUUUGGAUGGAGAGGAGUAAUUAUAAACAGUUUGAUAGGAGGCACGAUUAAAAAGUUUGUUAAUUCUAGA